AUGCAGCCCGACAAAAAGUAUUCCGAAGUCGCUUCCAUCAAUCAAGUCACAUUCACUAAAAGUUGGUUUUUUUUUUGUUUGGGACCUUUAAAAAGCAACGAACUCAUUUAGUCAUACAGUAGUGAUUAAUUCUCUUGUUUUACUAAAUGAACUAGAGUGUUAAUCAAUUUAAUAAACCUUUAAAAAAAUAAAAUAUUUUCUUUUUUAACAAUGUUUUUGAGAUAUCUUUCUUGUUCUCCAAAAACAGAAAUUCUCAGCAAUCGAGAAAACUCAUUCGCAACGAAACACUAUCACUUGCCUGCGUGUUUCAGCUAAUGGAGUAGAAUAAUACACGUUUGAAAUUCGAUUAUUUUCCUCCUGUGGGCUUUGACAGCUUCUCUUAGUUGUUUUAUUUUCUAAUGAAAUGGAAAACAGAUGUUGCGAGUGAAGAUUCGACGUCGGGGGUCGCGGCGACUGAUUGGAAAGCGAUCGUCGUCGCCGGCGUCGUCACGUUCAUCGCAGCCGUCGAGAACACCGUCGUCGGAAUGAGCGAAUGGGCUUAUAUGAACGAGGUAUUCCGCGACACAAGAACGUUUUCUGAUGAAAUCCAGAUCGACAAAGUCGCCGACGCUCAGUUCUUCGGCGCCGCCACCGCCGCUUCCAAGGCCGGCCAUGCUUUUUUCGCACUCGUUUUUGCCGUCUGGUGCUUUCGACUUCAAUGCUUCAGGUAUUUUCGAAUUUUUCGCUGUGUUUUUAAAUUCACAGAGUGGCUCCAAAAUUCUGAAAAAAAGUUUAUUAAAACGGUGAUGAGACUUCCUGAAUUAUACUCGACCAUAUGCCAAGACUAGUUCGAAUCUUGAUUCGAAUAUAAUGGCUUAGUUCAUCAAGUUCGCAACUUGUUUCCAAUAAUGAGGUUCAAAAAUGGCUUCGACUCAAUCAUUAUUUGUAGCGAUCACCAUUUCUGAAAUUUUUAGCAAUUUUACCGCAAUUUUCAAUUUAGAGAUUUAAAAGUGGAUAAUAUUUUGUUUAAUUUAUCAUAGUAUAAGCCUGCUAAAAUACAAAAUGUAUUAUACAACUCACAAAAAAAGAGAGAACCAGAAGAAUGUUUGUCUUCAUACGUUUGCCUCGAUUGUGCAUUUCCAGAGCUCCGUUGAUCGCCGGCCGUCUCAUUGCGUUCGCUGGAUGCGUCUUGUACCUCUGCGUGGAGUUCAUAACCGACGGCCGCCGAUAUCUGAUGAUGGUCAGCUACAUUCUUUUCGGAAUCGCCAGCAGCUCCUCGACCAUUCUCCGUGCCUACGUCGCCGCCGUCUCCCUGGAACGAGACCGACCUCAGGCCUACUCCACUAUAACUUCCGCCACUAUGCUCUCCAUCAUUGUGGGACCUAGUAAGUUUCACCUUCUGACUAAUUUCAAAUAAAUUAGAGUUCAGUUAUUCAAAUAGCUUUUACAAAAAUCGAUUAUCCGGGCUAUGAGAUCUUCCCGAAUGUGCGAUUCCACAUAUACUCGGCGCCUAUUUGGGUUGCCGCGGUCACCAACUUUAUUUCGAUUGCCAUCAUUUACUUCAUGCUCGAUGAACUACCGAAAAGAGCAAAAAAAUUGGGUAGGACCUUUUUCAAAAAUGAACUCACUUGGAAUGUACAGCAACAUCGCCGUCGUUGAUGACUCUGGAAGGAUUCAAGGCCCGAGUGAAGAAGCUGAAAAUCGAUCGACAUGAACUGGCCGCUGGUCAUCGUCUGCUGGAUCAUGAAGAUGAUCGCCACUUUGUCCGUCGUCACUCUCACAACGUAGGUCCACGAGUCUUUGUCCAAGAGAAGAUAGUCACCAAUGGACCAAAAUUUUUUUUGUUUUGGCAAAACGUUAGGUUCUACUUCGAAAUUAGGCUCGAAAAGUACUUCGAAAAGCUUUUUGAAUAGUUCUCCUUUAGCAUUUGAGUUCGCGUUUUUCUGUGAAGUCUUCUAAUCUGGAGCGGCAGAGAGAAUCGGAUAAUUUCAGUUAUUACAGUGUUAUAUACUAUUUUCCGGGACAUGUAACUGAAUUGAAGAUGAUAUUUGAUAACAUUUUAAAUCUGAUCAAUCCUCUAGAGAGACAAGAUUUUUUAAUUGGAGAAGUUCGGAGUGGAGAAGCUGGAUGACUGAAAUGAGAAUAGAUGAUUUUUCAGACUCACUUCCAUCAUCUUCAUAACGGACUACGGAUGGACUCGUCAGACUUCGGUGAUGGUCGUCUCGAUCUGCAUGGGAAGUGUCGGAGCGCUGUCCAUCGUCGUCGCCCUUCUCUUCUUCUUCUGCAAACUCGGCAAAGUGUAGGAAGAUCCUGGACGAUCUGGAAGGAUGCAACGGUUUCAGAGUGCCACAACGGUAUGGUUUCCUCUUCGGAAUGCUCGUUUUCGUGCUUAUGUUUGUCGCUUCGUACCCAUACCAGUCCAUAGGACAUCCGGUGGCCGCAUACAAUGGUAGGCGAUUCCCAGGAGUCGGUUGACCAAUUACCUCUCCAGAAACGGCGGACAUCGGCUGCAAGUCUGCGGACUAUUCGUGGUGCGAAACGGGCUACGUCCCCGCCGCCGGAGUCUUCCUCGCAGUCAUCAUCGUCGUCAUGGGCCUCGGGAUCCCAUUCGCGCUCGUUUCCCUCGAUGCCAUCUACUCGCAGAUCCUCGGCACCAUCAACCAAGUCAGAUUCAGCCUUUUUCCUUAUGACGUUGAAAGAAUUGCAGAGCGUGAUGCAAGGCGCCAUGAUCGUCGCAGAAGACGUCGUCCUCAUUUUGGGCCCCAUCUAUGCAUCGUGCGUCCUUCACAAAAGGAAAGAAAAACGGUCAAGCUCAUUUUCAGAACCCUCUUCUCAGCCUACGGAAUCUCAUCGGUGUGGCUAAUCAAUGGCGUGGUCAUGUCACUGGGAGCAUUGCUUUGGCUCGUUUUUCUUCCGAGACUCCGACAGUACGACUAG